UUUUUUUUUUUUUUUUUAAUCUUCCUCUCUCUUUUCUCCUUCCUUUUAUUUUGUUUAUAAAAGUAAUGACAGAAAGUGAAACUAACGAUACAGAAACUAUUGUUAUUUUAUCUGAUGAAGAAGAUGUUGUUAUUAAUGAAAAUGGUAAAAGAUUAUAUCCUGAAGGAAAGUUAGAAGAAAAUAUUGAAGAUGACCAUUAUUACAGCAGCGGAGUUGAUAGUAAAGGUGAUUUAGACGACGACGACGACGACGACGACGACGAGGAGGAGGAAUACAAUUCAGAUGAAGACUAUGAAGAAGAGCUCAGCAUCCACAAGGUUCGAACUUUACCUGAUGAUCAUGAACCUGUUAUACUUGACGAACGAACUGCAGACAACCCUUUAAAAGAAUUAAAUGACAUUUUUACUGAAUUUAAAUCUGAAUGCAUUCAACCUGACUCAUUUCUAGAGGACUUUGACAACAGUUUUGCAUGCGGCGGUUCCUUAAAUAAUGAAGCGCCUAAUAUUGCAAUCAACAUUGAAGGUAUUCUUGGACCUAUUGUUUUCCCUUUAGAAGAAAAAGAAGCGGAAAGAAUCCUUUCAACAUUUCCAACUGAGAAAGAUUUAAAUGAGAAAAUUACCGGUUUAGAAAUAGAAACAUCGAAAAUUAUGGUCAACCUUUCUUUUCAAGAAUAUUUGAAUGAUACAGUUUUGUCUAAUAUUCUGAAUAAUUUUGGUGUACCAAGCUAUGUCGCUAAAAAUUCGCGUCUUCAAGCUUAUCGUCUUUACAUUCGUACUAAUGGAGGUACAUUAAAAUCGCUCGAGUCCUUACCAACAGGUGCGUAUGGGACGGUUUUCGUUAUCCUACCAUCUGAAUUUAACGGCGGAAGUAUUUCAGCCACCUGGAUUGAUGACGAAAUUAAAUUUCGACCAGAAUCAAGUGCAUUUGAGUGCCCUUAUUAUGUGGCCUGGUUUAAUGACGUAGAUAUUAAAUUUCAUCCUAUCACUUAUGGAUAUCAACUUGUGAUUGCCUUUGCUUUGAUUUAUGAUGGUGAUGAAGGGAAAUCUAUUACAGUAGAGAAUUUGAAAUAUGGUCAACUUACGACAGGUAAUAUAUCUCUUUCUCAUAUAGAUCAGGGGAAGGUGAAUUCUUAUAUAAACCGUGCCGUUACAUACUUUGAAAAUCAUAAGGAUGCAAGAUACCCCAUCUUUUAUAUGCUUGACUAUAGAUAUAUGAUGGAUUACAUUGAAAUUGACAAUUUGAAAAAAAGUGAUAGGCUUCUUACUGAAGUCUUUACUCUUGCUACAGAGAAAGCAGGAUAUCAGAUGUAUUUUGGGCUCAUUCAACGAGAUGUAGAAGCCUCAGUAACUAAUCUAGUAGAUAUGUCAUCUAGUUUUAAUGGAAAAGAAGCGAAUGAAUGCUCUAUAGACGAAGAAGGAAUUUAUUUAACUACUAAUACUAUAUAUGAUCGAUAUACGUUGUUGUACCUUAUAGAUAAUCAAGGAAAUAAUUUAUUAGAAGAUCCUAUUGAAUUUAAUCAAAGGGAACAUCCUGUCAUUAUUCAGGGACCAUCAUGGUAUUCUCGUUGUAAACCUGAACGUCAAGAUUAUAGAAAGGACAACUCUACUGUUACAUAUGUGUACUCCAUUGUAUCCGUAAAUAUUAAAAAAAAAUGCUCAUACUAUAAUAGAAGCUUUAAUUAUUUUUUUUUCUUUUAGGCACUCGUCUUCUUUCCAAAGGGGAAAAUUGCUGAUAUAAUUUCAUCUGAAGCCGAGAAGGAAGUAGUAUAGGCUUCUGUUUAAUAUAUCAUAUCUUUGAUACCUUCAUUGCUUUUAUAAAGCUAUACAUAUCACGCUUAUAAUUAAAUUACCAUGUUUAAAUUACAAAUAUAGAAAUAGAUAGUGUUACUUAAAUGUAGAUUAAUACUCUGUAUUAUUACUCACCCAUUUUUAUAGAAUAAUUAUAGACAAGACU